CGCCCCGCCCCGUCAGUCAGUCCGCUUUGUGGAAGCGGCGGUGGAGCGAGGAUUGUAUUCUGCUGGCUGGCACCAAUUCUGACUUGGACAUUAUUGCGCCUUCCUGCUGCAGCUCUUCAUCGUCUCCAGCGUUCAGCCCAGACUCGGCCUGCGCUGUGGCGAAGGUGAAGCCAUUCUUGUGGACGACGACGCUGCUGUUGUGAAUGGUGAAAAUAAAGCUCUCCUAUUAUACCUAACAUACUGCAGGCAGCAGAGGUCACAGCAUGAGUGGACAGCGGGUUGAUGUGAAGGUGGUAAUGCUAGGAAAAGAAUUUGUAGGAAAGACUAGUCUGGUGGAGAGAUACGUUCACAAUCGCUUUCUCAAUGGUCCUUAUCAAAAUACAAUCGGGGCCGCAUUUGUAGCCAAGCUCAUACACGUUGGUGAAAAGGCAAUCACACUUGGCAUCUGGGACACUGCAGGGUCAGAAAGGUAUGAAGCCAUGAGCAGAAUCUACUAUCGGGGUGCCCGCGCAGCUGUUGUGUGCUUUGAUUUAACUGACAGCAACAGUUACGCAAGGGCUAGAUUCUGGGUGAAUGAAGUCCAGAACUGUGAAGAGCAUUGCAAAGUCUACUUGUGUGGAACAAAGAGUGAUCUUGUACAGAAUGAUCGCAGUGUCCGGGCAGUCGAUUACCAUGAUGUUCAGGAUUACUCAGAAGAGAUCAAAGCCAAGUUGUUUGAAACCUCCAGUAAGACUGGUCAGAAUGUUGAUGAGCUCUUUCAAAAAGUAGCAGAAGAUUACGUGAAUAUAACAGCUUUCCAGCUUACAACAGAAGAGGAAGCUGUGAACUUGGCCGAGAAGAAGAAAUCUUCCUAUCUGUUUAGCUGCUGCCACCAAUAGCACCUGAUUUGCCAAUAUUUUAAGGAGAAAUUCUUAUACAGUUCCCUGGACUGAAGCUCCUUACUCAAACUGUUGGAAUAUGCUCUCAAGAUUGUUGAGACUGGAUCAGUGACUAAUGGGCACUGUGGUGUCUAAAUGACGUCUGUCCCUUGAACUCAAGUGACCUUUGUUGUUGGAAUAUCACUGACUGGAAUCCUUCAGAUAAUCCUCUACAUACUGCUAAUUGUACGGCAUUUUAUACUUUAGAAAGUUGCCAAGAUUUUGUGCAUAAUGUGCAUCUGUUCUUGCCUUAUUUUGUGAUCAUUUAAUUGUUUUGUUGUGUUACCGAAUGAAAAUAGUUGCAGAUCUCAGGAGUAUUCCGAAUACCAAGCAGGUUGCUAUACCUAUCUUGCUGCUUCAACUGCACCUGGGUUCCUGGAUCUAUAUUUCUAAUUCUGGCCACAAAAAUUGUGCUGAUUUUUAAUGCAGCAUUACAUUUUGUCUUUUUUGGGAGAUUACAUUUCAGCAAAUACUAUGACAGAAUUGAUCAUAUGAGUAUUUGAUCUUGCCUCUGGCCAGUAGGCCGAAUGGGACAAAUUGCACUGAUUUGGUUUGUUUUGGGGGUUUGGGGUUUUUUAGCCUGUGUUUCUGAAUUAUACAACCAGUAUAAUGGCAGGGUUUCUGAAUGCACCAAUAUUUGGAUUAUGGCCUCACUGGUUGAAGGAAAUUCUAAAUUGUAAAUUGCCACCACACUAUUGUAGCACUGACAAAAGCCAAACAUUCUCUGUGUGGCUAUGCUGCCAAUCUGGGUUGAAUGAAGAAGAGGAGAGGGAGGAGCUGGGAGCAAUAAUGGGAACUGUUUUGUGGGGAGAUUGUAUCUGCAGAAUAUGAGAUGGCAGUCUUGGAGGAUGAUGGUUACAGUGGGCUUUCAUGCCAGUCCAAACAGCCUUAGACCUAAACACAGCUUUCUGAGUGGCCUUUAUUACUUUGAAUGGUACAAUCUCAAUAUCAUGUGUGAUUCCAUCUUUUACAGGAAAUAGCCUGUACCAAGGGGACUAUUCAACAUUUUAAAUAUUGCAGGUUGCUCUGAAUCAUGGUUAUCUUAGUUAUGGCUUGUAUGCAGUGAUUGUGAGUAUUACAGGCAUCUUCAGGUCUGUUAUAUUAAACCCAUGUUAAGAGGUGGUUUGAGAACAUUAAUAACUGAUGAUGCAGGAUACAUUUGAGUGGAUGAAAAACAUUGUUUACAUCUGAGAAUUUAAGUGGCAAACUCUUACCAUGGUCGCUUGUGUUACUGUAUCCACUGUGAAGCAUUAAUUUUAUCUUUUCUGCCGCUUCUCCAUUUAUUGUUUUGCUGUGAGAAGGAGAGCCUUCCAAAACCUGAUUGUAUGAUGGAAGUUGCAGGAUCAUCUGCCUUAGCAAUAUUAUCAAUUCCUUCUAAUUUGAUGAAGCUUCCUGAUUUUGUAGCUGAUCUGAACAUUUAAGUGUGACCACACUUCAAUAUGGAAGUUCUUUGUCCUGAAACUAAUACCUAAGGUGAGCUCAAUGUGGAGUGCAUUUUAAUAAUGGGAAUAUAAACUAAUAAGUGAAAACAUUUCAUUACCCAGUAUCAUGUUCUCUGUAUUGUAAACAGUUUUGAGAUAUAUGAAAAUAUAUGGAGUUUUAAAUGAAAACACGUGGAGAUUCAAAUACGACGUUACUUGGAGCAUUAUGAAAUAUUUAUUUGUUUAACUAACACAAAACUCCCAUGGAAAUCUUUUGUUAUUGGAGCUGGGAUCUGUUGAAUAUCCAUACAGUACUUAUAAUGUUGUUGCGAUUCAAAUUAUACACACGUGUCUUCUGUUUUUGGAAAUGUCAAAGGUGCACACUGUUCUUUCACAGACCUGGGAAAGAGAAUUUGAGUUAACACACACUGGUAUAAUCUACUGGAAGAUUCAAAGCAGCGCAGCGGAAAUAUAUUGUCAAGUCUUUAAGACUAAUUCUCAGGCUAGGCAAAAAUUUGCUGAAUGAUUGUGAAGUAUUGGUGUCCAUCCUGCAGGUGCAAAUAGCCAUUUGUGAUCGAGGUGACGAAACAUUGCCUCACUAUUGGGAGCACGUUUGUUGAUUUAAGGGGGAAAGGGUCAUGUGGUUGAAUUUCAACGUGAAAUACAGCAUGGCUGCUCAGGACAAUUGUUUUCUAUACUUUUAAUUCACGUUAAGGGUGAUCUAUGGCAAACACGAGGUUCUGGCGUAGCACAACUGAGAUUGCUUUCAGAUCAAAGAGUUAUUUAUUCUGCAUGUGCAAAGGAUUGCAGUGCAUUGUGGAAAUCAGUGCUGUUAAGUCUGUGUAUUUUAUAAUGCAUUGAUCAUCUGAAUAAACCCGAAACAUUUGGUUGUGAACACUAUCAUCUGCAUUCAUUACUGACCAUUUUAUUUGUCACUAUACAAUUGUUUUUAUUUUAACAUAAGAAAACUAUUAAAUGCACAAGGCUUCAACACUAA